AUCUCGGUCACGCCAGUGCCGGUCUUGUCGAAUGACUUGCUCGGGCCGAAACAGUCAGCUAUCGUCCAAAUCAACCUUCCGCGUGAGGCACAGCUCGGGUAUGGCUUCAUAGUAGUAGAACCAACGGCAAGACUGAUAGCCAAGGGUGGAUGGUUUACCCCGGUAUUUGCGCGCCAGUGCGCCCCUGAAGCAGUAAAGUUCAGCAAAGCGCCGCCGGUGCAGCUCGUGCUGCACAACGAGUCUGGCGACUACAUCGCGCCAACACUAGAAGACGACGAGUUCGAGGACAAGGUUUGCCGCGGGCCUGCGAUGGCUCAGCAUAUAGCUGAUCCGGAACAAGUCGCGGAAUACAUGCUGC